GUUAUUCGACAUAAUUUAAUGAUUCGACUUGGACAUAAUUCAGUGAUAUGAACACUUGGAUGUAGUUCAGUAAAAUACUUGGAUAUAAUUCAAUAAUAUUGAAUUUAUAUAGUACAGUUAUUUGUUAGUUUUCUUCGGUCGUUUGUUGUUUCAUAUAUACUGUGAUCAUUUUUGUUUAUAAUCUUGAAGACACACGUGGACUCAACUCUUUAUAUGAUGUAAUAUAAGUAACAAUAUUGUUAUAUAGAUCAAAUAGUUCAUUCUUAGCGUUUAUAUGUUAAUCGAAUAAGUUCUAUGAACUUUCUAUAGUUAAUUUAUUGUAGUGUUAUAGAAAAGCUACCAACUACAAAGAGUUGAUCUAUUAUUACAUCAUGAGUGUACUGACUAGCUAGAUUAACCUAAUUGCAAGUUUCAAUGGAUGUUUAUAGAUAAAAUAUGAACACCUUUCUUAAAAAACAGAAAACUUGUGUUAGGCUCUAAGAUACUGAUACGGAGAUAAUAUAUGAGAUUAGUAAUUGGUAUAAUAAAAGUUUGAAGAUAACUCAGUAUAUCACAGAAAAAUGAGCAACUGUACUCUAAAUAUUCUUAAGAAGUAAGAUGGAGGUCAAAAUUGAUGAAGCGACGAUAAGAUAAGAUCAGGUCAUCCAGUCGAGUAUCUAAAGAACAAAUUAGUGACUUGUAAAGGGUUAGAGCGUGUCAAACUUCAUCAUUCCGAAUAAGCGAGGGACAAAUUUACGUAAUACUCGGUUCUCCUUCUUUCUUCAUCUUCCCUUUUCAUUCGAUACCGCUCUCUCCCUCCCGAAUCGUCCUGCGUUUCUCUAUCCCUCUGUCGCCUCCUGCUUUUCAUCGGUCGAGAAGUGUUCGUUUCUAGAAAGAGAGAGACAGAGAAAGAGAAUCGUGUUCCGUUGGUCGGAGCGCAGAGCUCACCACCGCUGCUCGGUAUUUUUAGUGCGACGAGAGUAUUUGGCGGGGCGCACCGAUUCGCCUCCUCGUCUUCGUGAACGGUCCACGUCGGCCGUCGUCUUCGUGACCGCCGUUGUGGUCGUAGUUUAGUGCCUUCGUUGGCGUCCCUCGGAUUGCGUGAUCGACAUGUUCGCACCUCCGUAGUGCGGUGAUGCACCUGCGGCCAGGAGUCGUGUGCGUUUGUCACUGGCUGGUUGACGAUCGUUGACGGAUACUAGAAUCGUCGUGUGACCGUGUUGUGUGCGCGUUGCGAACCGACGAAUCUUGGAUGCGUCACGUUCAGGACACUCGACAAGGUCUAGCGGAACGACCUUGAGGCCUAACCGACUCGAAGAGAACGACCUAACUCGCACCGUCGCGAAAUCAAGAAAAUAAACAAGGAUCACGAGAAAGCGAAUCGCGUAAUCGACUCUCCUCCUCGGGGUGUGCUCGCCUCGCCGAAUUCGAGGUCGCGUGGGCGACUUUCGACUUCUCAAUGUUCAUCUUCGCGCCACGUGACAAUAUGUCGACGUCUCGUCAGGGAUCGACGAGCCGGCGAAAUCGAUAUGCGCGAUCCUCGACUACCACCAGCGUCACACAGAUGCUCAGCGACUCGUGCUCGAGUCUCCUGCAGCGACUGACCACCAAGGUACGGGGUACGUCCACGCUGAACGACAACGUUGGUUCCAGCAUCAACCUGGCCAACACCAAGUCUCGGAUAGAGGACAAGUACUCAACAAUCCUAGACAAGUACUCCAGGAAGAAACGUCACGAACGCGCCGAGCACCCGUCUACGGACUACAGACGCACUCGUGAGCGGGACCACAGCUACUUCCGGCGGGAAGACAGCCCGUUCGUGCGUGACGAGAAGACUCUGGAGCCCUCGAUGACUCGCACGGUGGUCAAGAGUCCCACCAGCGUGUUGCUGUCCGAGAAAGCGUACCCCUACGUUAAGUCCUCUGCCGUGAAGGACUUCAAGCGCGAGAAGACACCCGGCUAUCAUCGGACCGACAGACACGGCCUUGCGAACUCCGAGACCUAUCGCAGGUACGGCAGACACAAGUCUGGCCAUGCGGAAACUCGUACUCGGAAGGUUAGACCGUACAGAAACGGCAAGAGCGAGCAACUGGAGAGCUCGUCGACGGCGCUGAGACUUGCACGACCCAUGAAGCUAACCACCAAAGAGACGAACGACGAUGUCGACCCUGAUAAGACGCCGACCGGUAGCGUGAUCAGGGAUACCAACGUGGUACAGAAUGCUGACUCGGAGGACUCUGAUCCCGCGAUCUCGGAGAGGGCCGCGAAACGGAAGGAGAUACAGAGUCUGAUCCUGAAGUACGCCGCCAUGGAGGAGACGUACAGUCAGCUGGCCGCCGGUGGCCAGGUGAAGAUGCGGCCCAGCACCACGGACAUUAUCGCCAGCAAGUAUAGGAAAGGCAGCCAGCAAGGCGAGCGUAAAGACGCGUCGAAGAACGCGCCGAGUGUCGUUAACAACUCGGACACGAUCCACCACGCGAUUAGCCCACGACCGCCCUCCGUCGAGGACGACGAAGACGGCCACCUUGUUUACCAAUCCGGCGACAUCCUGGCAAAUAGAUAUAAAGUACUGGCCACCCUAGGAGAGGGUACUUUUGGAAAAGUUGUCAAGGUUAAGGACUUGCAAAUGGAUCACGUGAUGGCUCUGAAAAUCAUCAAGAACGUAGAAAAGUAUAGGGAAGCAGCGAAGCUCGAAAUAAACGCCUUAGAGAAAAUUGCGACCAAGGAUCCGGAAGGCCAACACUUGUGCGUGAAGAUGCUCGACUGGUUCAAUUAUCACGGGCACAUGUGCAUCGCCUUCGAAAUGCUAGGCCUUAGCGUGUUUGAUUUCUUGAGAGAUAACAACUACCAACCUUAUCCACUGGAACACGUGAGGCACAUUGGGUAUCAGUUGUGUUACGCCGUCAAAUUCCUACACGACAACAAACUCACGCACACAGAUCUGAAACCCGAAAAUAUAUUAUUCGUAGAUUCCGAUUACGAGAGCAUAUAUAACAACAAAAAGCGAAAGGAUAUUAGGCGCGUGAAACGAACGGACAUAAGGCUGAUCGAUUUCGGCAGUGCCACGUUCGACCACGAGCAUCACAGUACGAUCGUUAGCACAAGACAUUACAGGGCACCCGAAGUAAUUUUAGAAUUAGGAUGGUCACAGCCUUGUGACGUGUGGUCGAUUGGCUGCAUCCUCUUCGAACUGUACCUGGGUAUUACUCUGUUUCAAACACACGACAACCGCGAGCACUUAGCAAUGAUGGAGCGUAUACUUGGCACGAUUCCACAUCGUAUGGCUCGCAAGACUAAGACUAAGUAUUUCUAUCACGGGAAAUUGGACUGGGAUGAAAAGAGUUCGGCCGGCCGAUACGUGCGUGACAAUUGUAAACCUUUACACCGUUGUAUGUUAUCGGACGAUGAGGAGCAUCGGCAGUUAUUCGACCUCAUUCAGAAAAUGUUAGAAUACGAACCUUCUCAGAGGAUAGUACUAAAGGACGCAUUGGCACAUCCCUUCUUCGACGCGUUACCAGCACAUCAAAGAUUGCCGGACCUACGUGCAGCUGGUGAUUCUCAACAAUCUCACGAACGAUCGCAUUCUCUUUCUCGAUGAAGCUAGGAAAGGGACCGACUUCCAUACUGGACAGACACUCCACUAUCAACGACACUACUGCCCUACGUAACGAUUCUGAUAUCCUUGAGCCUCACAAGACUGCGUCUUUUGCGUGGUAACAAAAUUCGAUGACGUCGACGCGAAUUAUAACGAGAUAAAAUUGAAGUGAAACGAUUGAAAUAAAGAGGCUCGAAAUUUUUAGUAGGAAAUGUUAAUUAAAUCGAAUGACAACGACACCGGUGAUGUCGAUUAAAUCGCAAGUAAUCGUAUUGUUUAUCGAUAAACGUAAAAUAAAGAAUGAAAAAAGCAGUAGUGCAAUGGUGCUGUGGAACUUGGACUUAACAAAAUAUGUCGUGGCGGAUGAUACCUACAUCUCCGAAUCAGGAUACAAGAGAAAUCAUCGACACUCUCGUCUCGUCGUUUAAAGACGACGAAAUUGGUAGACGGCCAAACUAUACUUGACAUAGUCCUUGUUACUGGCAUGCAAAACGUGCCAGUGUGUCUGCUCAGUGUAGCGUAACAGAGUCCCAUCAUUGUAAACAUUUUCUAAACGCUCUUCUGUACAUUUUAUCCUUUUAAUUUUAUUACGAUGUUAUCAUGCAACAAAGUUUGGAGUAAAGGAAGAGGUCGCAGUUUA